UGGAGAUAGGGUCUCACUUUUUUGGCCAGGCCAAAAAAAAUCUCAAAAAAGUGAGAUUGGGAGGAUUGGACCACAGUCCUCCCAAUCUCAACCUCCAAUGUAGCUGGAUAACAGAUGCACACCUCUGUACCCCGCUGUUGGUUGAGAUGAGAUCUCAUGAACUUUUUGGCCCAGGCUGGCCUUGAACCAUGAUCCUCAGCCUCCCAAGUAACCAUGCUUACCAGGCAUGAGUUGCCAUUGCCCAGCAACAAUACAAAUUGUUUUAAUAUCUGGAUCUGUAACUUGAGAAUGAUACUACAAAUGUUUACUACCUGAAAACUAUGUUCACUGUAUAACUGGAAAGAGCAAGACUGGCCAAGAAUAUUUCCUUUCAGUACUUAUUUCUACUGGGAUGUGAAGGAUACUUUAAUUUUCACAGGUAAUUAGGGUCUUUUAAGUCAAAAAGGAGCAAUAAAUGCUUGUUGGCAGGGUUAGAAAACGUACAAAAGAAUAAGUGAAUGAAGAAAGUUUAGAUUCAACAUUCUGAACCCCCACAAUAAUUGGCCUUUUAGAAACAGAAUCUGUAAUUCUGGCUUGUGGUAGAAUUGACUUGUCUUCCUAAGGAGCUUUUUUCAGACUGGGAAUAAAUCAAGACUUCUUUAUAAAUCCUUUCAAACAGUAUUCCUUAACUAAUGCCCAUGUAACUGACCAUUCUCUUUAUUUAAUUUCACAAAAUUGGUCAUUGGAAUAAAGAAGCCAUCAAGACAAUCAGAGGAAAAAGAGUGGUUUAUUGGAAAGAUUUGAAGGAAAAAAUUAAAAUUUCAUGUGGAAAAGGGAGGGUUAGGAUAGAGUUUCCAGGAUCCCAGAGAGAAGUGAGUUGUUUUUUGGGGGAUAAUAAACCCAUUGGCUUAGAAAACAUUUGCCUUAGAAAUGUUAGAUAGUAUAGUGAUGACAACAGAGUGCAAAAGAUUAAAUUUGAGAUGUUUCUUCAAGGCCAAAUGCAAAAUCCUUCAACACCCAGCAAAAAAAUUCCUUUCUUUUUAACUCCUCAUUUUUACUGUAGUGUUGUAGUUUCAUAACCAUCUCCUUUCUCUCUAUAUUUCUGACUUUUUUUCCCCUCUCCCCUCACCUGUAUACUCUUUCCUAAUCUUGUUCAUUCCUGCAUUUUAGGAACUCUGACAAGCUUUAUAUGUAGAGAUUCAGCCAAUAAGAUUUCUGAUAUAUAGAGCUUCCUUUUCAGUGAACCGGUUUCAAACUGCUGGACUUCCUCAUAGAGUAGCAGUAAUGACAUUUCAUUAAAAUUGAACAUAAAAGGCCUGAAGGUUCUUUGACUGAUGCGUCUGUCUGGGCUUUGUUACUUAAGAGAUCCAGAAGUUGAAAGUUCACCAUUCUCAUAUUUAGAGCAGUAUUUAGAGAAAUCAGCCUUGGCAACUGCUGUCCACACUGAGGUGACAAACUGAAUGUUGGGGAUUUGCCCCUAAGCAUGCCCCCAAAGAACCUCCCUUUAUUCCUAGAAGCUGGCAGGCUUUCUUUUCCUUCUUCAAGUGGAAACCUGAAUUCUGAGUUGAAAGUGAAUCUUUGCCCUUGGCUCCUCUCCAGCAUUCCUCGCUGAGCGAAUAGGGAUUUUGGAAUGUCAGAAAAUAGAAGAGGGGAGGGGAAAAGAUGUGUGUUUGACUGUGAGUGUUUAUAUGUAAGAGCAGCUUCGUCUGGAAAGACUUAGGGAAAACUUGACUUCCUCAGACUGCUUCCUUCUUAUAACUCUUGGUUCCUUAUUUAUAUAUAUAUAUUUUUUAAGUUGUUUAACCUGAAUUUAUCACAUCGGUUACAAACUCUUACAGGCCAGUGGAGUCAAGCUAAGGGAAGACAGCAUGGUUUUCAGAGGAUUUGUAUUUCUUCCCUCUGGAUAAAGUGACAGUAGUUGUUCCCGGCUCGUCUGCAGCAGGAUUCAGAGUCAUCCUUCCUCUGGGAUUUAAUCUGGUGUCAUCAGGAACCUAAAUUCAGGUUUCAUUGAAGAGCAAGCCAAAUAAGAAGUAUUCUUUUGGGAAAAUCAGAGACUCAAUCUAGGCAUAAAAGGUGUUGCUCAGAACAAUACCCUGUACCAUGAGCUACCAGUACUGAGCACUUGUGGUUGAAGCUGAAUUGAAAAAUUGAUGGAACCCGCCUCUCAGACUCUGUUUAACUGUGGACUGGUUCAGAGCUCAAGACUAUAAUUUACAGGGCGGCUUUUAUCCUUUAUUUAGUUCUGUCCAAAGUCAUCUCGCAUCGACUCAAAAGGAGAGAUUCUGUGAGAGUAACAUACAGGGACAGUUUCUCAGCUUUGCCCGAAGAAUCAAGAGUUGAGUGUCUUUCUACAUCCUGAGGAACCAUGUCCUCUUUAUAUACUCGAAGUAAAGAAUUCACUCGGAAUAGGAAAUCUCAGUCUGAUUCUCCCCCUGCAUCUCCCUCCCCGACUGCCAAGACGCUCCGACAUGAAAGACUUUCUAGGUUGGAAUCAGGAGGUAGUAAUACGACAACCAGUGAUUCUUACGGUGACCGAGCCUCAGCAAGAGCCCGUCGGGAGGCCCGGGAGGCCCGACUAGCCAGCCUGACCAGCCGGGUGGAAGAGGACAGUAACAGGGACUAUAAAAAACUCUACGAGAGUGCCCUGACCGAAAACCAAAAACUGAAAACAAAACUUCAGGAGGCCCAGCUAGAGCUAUCGGAUAUAAAAUCCAAGCUUGAGAAGAUGGCCCAGCAGAAACAAGAGAAAACCUCUGACCGAUCAUCAAUGCUAGAGAUGGAAAAACGGGAGAGGCGAGCCUUAGAGCGGAAAAUGUCAGAAAUGGAGGAGGAGAUGAAGGUGUUAACAGAGCUGAAAUCCGACAACCAGAGGCUGAAAGAUGAAAAUGGUGCCCUCAUCAGAGUCAUCAGCAAACUGUCCAAAUAGAGCAUGCUCCAGACUUUGAAAGGGAGGACAGCAGUUUCUGCCCUGCCCCUCCUUUUCCAGUUAUGGCCUUCCAGCCAAAAAAAAAAAAAAAAUGAAUGUUUUGGUGGAAGGACUCUUUCUGAUCAUCUUCGGACACCUCCUCUGCACUGUACAUUUUCUCUGCACUCUCACACCCCUCUCCCAACUUUUAUUGACAGUUUUAAUUGAAGCAUGGUUGAGAUCACUCAAGCCAUCUGGAGAAGGCCUUGAGGAGUAAGCCAAGCUCAGCUAUGGGCCCCAGCUUCCUGCUCUGCUGCUUUGUCCACAUUGGAAUUAAUCCAAACAUGUAAGGCUUCUACCUACAGCCUUUACACUGAUAUGAGUGAGUCUUGUGGUGGCCACUCCAGACUCUGUCUGGGGUGCCAAGAGAAAGCACAGGAUGUGAAAUUAAUAAUUGGACUGCCUCAGAGCUGUGUGUUUCCUUAGGGUCCUAGUGACCAUGACUUUGCAUCAAGACUCUCUGUUCUUCACCUCUCAGGAACUGACUUAUUUUGAUUUUUUCUAUCAACAACCCAGUAACAUCCUUGACUAGUCUUAACCUCUAUUCCUUCCUUUCUCCAAAACUCAGAUGGCCCUGGCUUCACUUACUCUUUUCCUUUCUGUCCUUUUAUUCUCUCUUCCUCUCCAGGCCCUUACCCGAUGGUAUAAAAGCUGGCAUAGAGCGCCUGACCUCAGUUGUCUUUGGCCAUUAUAGAAAAUCAUUAUUCUAGAGUCUUAGAAACAUGGCUGUCAUCACUCUGGAGCUGUAGUACUAUCACAAGCCAUUUCCCCAAAGAGCUAGGAUGUGUGUGGCAGAAGUAUCAGUCCAUUCUUCUCAUUUCCCACUCGUGUGCUCCUUGUAAAAUGAUUUUCCCUAUUAGAAAAUCUGGGCUCUGCAUACCCCAGUCUGCCUCACCUCAGUCCCUUGUUUUCCUGUCCACUCUAGCACCUGUUCUAGUGGGAGAUGAAGUCAUGCGAGGAGGCCUGAGAGUGGGGAGGGUAGAUUAUUGGGAGCUAGACUAGGGGAUGGAAGCAGACUGGGAAGACAUGUAAUGUUGAGAGUAGAGUAUUUGUGGACACUUGCAGCAUUUUGAUUAUGCUGGAGGACAGUGGUGAUUAGACUUAGGGAGGGAACAUUUGCUUUCUUAGAAACUCCAGCAGGAGAAAUGACUGCUUGGUGGCAGUUUAAGGGAGUAAAGCGCUCUCAGCCCUGAGGAAGUCAUGGAAUUGGAGAGGAUCAAGGCCCACGAGUCACUUGGCCCAGCUCCAUCACAGGGACCUCUGCUGCCUUAGCUUUGACUCUUGCUCACAUAAACUUCUGGGGAAGCAUCAGUGAUAAAUGCUUGAAGCUUCCGCAGCUCUCAGAACCAGAGUUUUUACUAAUCUGCACAUGGAUGCUCCCUUCCUAGUCCUUUCAUGUGGCAUGCUUUUAUUCUUUUUAGUACUGGGAUUGAACCCAGAACCUUGUGCUUACUAGGCAAGUGCUUUACCACUUGAGCCACACCCCAGUCCUCAUGAGAGGCUUUUCAUGCCUGUCAAAUCUUGGCCAUCCUCCUCUAGAUUAAAACAGCCUUUUAGAAUAUCAUGCCCAGACCUAGACAGAGUACUCCAUAAUUCCAGCACACAAUUAAACCAUUACUUCUCAAUGAUGACCCAACAUUAAAGGCACAUAGUGUUUACUUUUUGUGGUUUUAUUCCUUGGUUCAUUUUGGGUGUGCAAGUCAUUUUAGUGUUGUCAGUGAUGCUCAGUGCUCAGAUUGGUCCAUUCUCUUAACAUAUACUACCUCUGUUAGUUUCUUUCCUGAAAAUGGAAUGGAGGAUUGUUUUCUGUGACCCUCUGAAACAUCCCAUGCUCUUAAACCAGAAGCUGUAAUUCAGGAUCCCAGUUCCAGAAUAGAAACCAUGCCUCUAACAAAACACCAGUUUUAGAGCAUAUAAGAUUCUGUCUUCUGUUUCCACCCAUUUUCAGAAGCUGCUCCUCUCUUAGGACUUUGUAUUAUCAUGGGGACACCGUAUGCUCAGUUCUCAGGGAACGCUGAAGUGGAGUGAGAAGCACCAUAUCUUUCACUAUAAUAAACAUUUCCUUCAUUCUAGGGAGAGGAAAUCAACAAGGUGUUGGCUAAUUGAGUCUCUUAGCACAUCUUUGACACUGGGGAAGAGAGAAUUGUUGCCUCUUUCUCAGGAAAAAAUAUUAUUGGGGAAGCAUUUUGCGCCUCCUCCAGUCCAUAGACCAGGUAAAGGAGUAAGAGAGAGCUCCCUCAGAGCCCUUUGUGCCUUCCAAAGCAUGGGAGACGAGUUCUCAAAGCUCGGGGGUUGUUGCACCCUGCUGCUUUACACAGCCCUGCCAUAGCACAGGGUGCUUCCUUUUAACAGGAUACUUACAAGCUGAGGAGUACUGGAUUCAACAAUGAAGAACCCAUGAAAGUGUAAGCCAUCAUGGGUGAUUUCAGGCGCAUUCUCUAAAGUCAUUAAUUCUAUGAGACAGAUAACUGAAUUCUGGUCUCUUCCAGAGAAUAAAAUGUCAUUUCUUCAGAGCCAUAUUGACUAAAAGCCCCACAGGGGCUUGGUGGUUAUAGGCCUUCUGAUAGCCAGCUGCCCUCCUUGGGUGCUGGCAACCCCAGGUCUCCUUUUCUUGCGCCGCUUGGUCAGUUUGAGACUAUGGUUCUCUCCAGUGGCCACCGACCCCAUCCUCACUUGUUGACUUGGUAUUCAUGAGCCUCCCCAGCAGCUCAAGCUGAGAAAACCAGCUGCAAGCUGCCAGCUACGUGGGCUCAGCUCUGUCAUGUUAGAAUGGGGAAGAGAAUGUUCUCAGUAUAGUUUCAUACCCUCUGUUCUCUGAUUUGAUAUUUUUUUGAUUACCAAGCCACACCUUUGGGAAUAAUGAUUAGGCCACUCCAGAAAUUCUCUGGCUGGAAUUUGCCUGUUUGUCUUUCAGGGCUACUGAGCCUUUUCUGAUUACUCCAGGGUCUGAUGGCUCCCAGCCCCCAUCUCAGUCCCUAUUGUGAGGGUUACACACAUCUCAGGUGUUGCCUCUGAAGAAUCUAAAUAGGCAUGGCUUGGGCUGGCUACUCAGUGCACUAAAUUCUCUCAUGGGCCAGCUUCAUUCAUAGUUUCUGGAAUCUCCUUGUCUCUAUGCAACUGAGGGAUACUUGCUUCUCUUCUGGAUUUUCUCUGGUUCUAUCGCAGCCCUCACCCCAUUUAAAGAGAUGUAAAUGCAUUUGUUUUUCACCGAAGCCACUGGUGGAUUUCAUAUCUCUCUUUGAACAUUUCACCCACUCUCCCUGCCUGAAACAAAACAUAUGCUUAUUUGACAGUUCCACCCAGGAAGUGAGGAUAAAAUCCCCCUUAACCUGUAGACCCCAUAAAAGUAUGUGCAAACUGCUUGCUGUUUUCCCCAGGAGUAUCUCACUGAGCCAGAGAUGAGGGAAGAAGAAACUCUCACAGCCAUACAUUUUUCUAGGGCUCUGGAUUUCUGGCCCCUUUGCAGCCUCUCCUAGCCACAGACAGACACUGUCUUCUCUCAGAAAAAGAUAGUGUUUCUGUCCAGACCAUUGUGCAAGAGAGGGUCUUCACAGUGUUGGCACUCAUUAAGAGGAGGGCCUGGGAUGAGCAGAAGCCUAGGGAAGAGAGGACUGUAAAAUUUGCCACUUGUUUUCAUACUCUUUUGCAUUUUAAAUGGGAAAGCCUAAAGGAUUCAGCAGCUAAGCCAGUGAGUAGGGCAAUACCUAGUUCUACCCCAGAUGAGCCACUGAUUCCAGAGCAGCUUAGCAGUGAGGCCACACUGCAGGAGCCCUGGUGUCCCUUCUAGUCCUACCAGGAAUCAUCGAGCCCCACAGUAUAUGCCCGCACUGCACUUACCUCUACCCAAUUAUCAGUCAGAGGUGGUCCCUGCACAAAUCUAGGCCCAAUUAUAGCUGCAGAUCUUUGUUGCCAUUCUUAUUUUUAAGGCAAGUCAAGUGCAGACCCCCUCGAGGAUGUGGGUUUCUCUGACCCAGUAAGCAAGGCAGCUUUGAGGGCAACAUACGGUGCUAUAAGAAUAAUCCACUGGGAUUCUGCACAUCUGAGUUCUGGGGCCAACUCUUCUAUGUAGCCAUGUGACCCUGGGCAAGAUAAUCUAUACAAAGUUCCUUUCAGCAUAAAAUUCUAUGAUAUAUUCUUUAUUAGGAAGAUCAGAACAGUUCUUAAAGUUGAAAUUUCUGCUUCAAAAAUUUCCUCCUUUUAUCUUAAAAAAUUCAAGACCAAAAUUCUUGUUUUCUUCCAGAUUCAAACUGUUUAACAUCAGCAUAUCAAGGUUGACUUCUCAUCCUUGUUGGAAACUGAGUUUAAUAUUGAGGGUAAUUGAAUGGUGUUGCAAUUGCUUUCCCUUGUAAAAGGUUUGGUAAGAAUAUUAAAACCUGCAGAGAUGGAAAUUGGAGCUCAUGGGGAAAUGGGUAGAAUACAAUUUGUUGCAGGCAGCCUUGGACAAAUUGUUUUAAUAGGAAAUAGAUAUGCUGUUUCCUAGGUGUCCUCAAUCACCUCUCCUCAGCUUUCUCAGCUGUGAUCUGCACUGGCUCUCAAUAUCCAAACAGCAGACUAAUUGCAUUUCUGCUUAGUACCAGCUGGUCCUAGUCUUGAACUCUGCCUUUGCAACAGUAAGAGUUUUCCUCAGUAAAAACCCUCAAUCUUUGGUUCUGUUGAGCUCCUCCUCUGACUUGAGGCUCUCAGAAGAAGGUUCCGAUGCUGUUCAAGAUGGUCUUUCCUUUAAAGCAGGUCUGCAGAGGAGUCUAUGAGAGCAGUAAGCAUUUACAAACCAUACAGCCACAUUGCAUAGAACAGAACUUGGCUCUCAAGACUCCUGCAGGUCUGGGUUUGUGCACAGUGAAGGGCAGAGACCCUGGAAGUAGAGGUGGCCUGUGUUCUAUGUUAGGAAAAGAGCAAAUGGCCAGGGGCUUUGAACGUGAGCAGGAUGGAGGCUGUGAGCACUGGAAGGAAGAAAAUGAAGCUUCAGCACAUGGAAGUGAAUUCUGUCUCACUGAUGACUGCAUCCCUCAGCCAUCAGCUGAGCAGAGGUUUUAAUCAGCCUCCCUAAUGGGUAUUGACACUGCUUAGGAGCAGUAGGCCCUGCCAGGGAUGGCUAUCAAUUGUUUGUAUCUGAUUAGAUUUGAAAAAUAGAUCAACUUCAUUAUAGCCCAGAAACUGUCAUUGUCACAGCUACUAAGGAAUGAGGUGGUCUCUUGAGGGCUGAGGAAAAACAAGCUCUUGACCAGCCAGUCAGCAACUGCAUCCACGUCUCCUUGAAAGGCGGUGGUGGGUCACAGUUGACCUGAUGUGUACCUUACAACCCAGUGUCUGGAAGCCUCCUUGGAAAGAUGAGAGGAGGGAGUGUCUAAAGACCCUGGCACUGAAGCAUGCUCUGGCCUUGCCUUAAGAAGCUUUGACAGUUUGAGGAUAUCUUCUAGCCUGUGUGAAUGCACAUGCAGCUUAUUAGUCCGGGGCUUUCACAGUGAGGUCUUGCUUGAUUAGAAACGAGAACUUAGAAAACAGUCUUACCCAAAUGUAGUAUUCUGUUAAUUCAUCUUUUGUUUUUCACCCUCCCUACCAGUUCCCCAAAGGACUUCUCUGAGCCGUUCACCAACUCAUUUGCUUAUCAUUUUGAACUGUGAAUUUUCCAGUGACAUUUUGUUAUUUCUCCAAGUUUUCCCCUAAUGCUUCCAAUAAAAUUUUACUUGGGUGGUCCCUGAGGGUGACACCAGGAUGCUCUUAUUCUCUUCCAAAAUAAGCAUACACCCUUCCCCCUUCUUUUCCCUCUCAUCGCCCUCCACAAUCUUUAUACCUUGCUUCCUCGCUUGAACCUGGUGGUGCUUUAGAGGGUUUCUGUCAGUUGGCCAAGAUUCUUGGAGGAGUGUGUCAUAUGCCACACACCCCCAUCCCCUCUCAAGUUUCAAAGCUCCCUGGCUGUGCCAAUGACCGUUCAGAGAGGUUUGACUUGUAGGCCCACAUGACUCCUCCACAGCUCGGCCAAGGAGACUGUGAGUAGCCAUGUCUGGCUCAUUCCAUCUUUCAUCCUGAGAGGUGUGACUAGUUCCAGCUUAAAGCAGAAGUAUGUCUUCUCAGUACAAACUGGAUCAGUAUGUCAAUGUAUCUGGUAACAGCAACCUCAGUUCAUUCCUGCCUGGCAAGAAAGGCACACCGACUUGGGGUGGGGGGGGCGGUUUGCUCAUAAGAGCCCCUGUUGAGCUCCCUAAGCCAGAGGUGGGGAUCAGAGCACAAAUCCUGAGCAAGGGACACUGGAGAGCCAGCAUCAGCUC